CGCGUAACGAAGAUACAACUAACGACAUCAGCACAAAAUUUGCCUGCGACUCUGCCGAGCUAGCACCAGUGUUUAGCUAAGUUUUUACAGUGAAUAUAAACUCUGAAUAAGGGGUCAUGGUUUGGAGGCAAUGUGUAGCAUGUAACUUGAAGGUAGGUAUUUAGAAUCGAGAGCUUUGUUGGCGGAUUUGGAUCGGUAUUUAAUCGGCGAUGUCUUGACUGAACUUAUGUAAUUUGGGUGUAUAGUAACGAUGAUAGUAGGGGAGAUUAUUGUGUUGAAGGAGUUUUAGGGAAGGGGGGUUUUUAGGUGGGAUUUACUGGGGAGGAAUAAGAUAGUAGGAUAGAAUAGGGUAGGAGUUGUUUUGUGUGAAUGUGAAAGGGAAAUAGGCAGCAGAAAUUUCUGGCAAGUUGGACCGAAAUAGGUGUGUGUUAGCUGGGAGUAAGUAAGAACUUAGGAGAUGGUAUUUGGCCACAAGGAAGAUUUAUGUGCGAGGUUUUUAUACAAGUGUUCGAGAGUGAUAUCGAGGCUAAUAUCACGAAGACAUUAAUAGAGAUUAUAGAGAAAAUGAAGACAAAAACGAAGUUGUAUAAAGUAGAAAUCUCUGACAGGCUAGGGCGAAUGAAAUGUUAGGUGAAAGUUGGAAGGAUGUAUUCGUCUCAGAAAAGGUAGAUUUUGUGCCGUAUUUUCGUUCGAGGACCAACGUGAUGAAUGCAGCAUUAGGGUUCAGAUAAAUUUGCAGGUAUGUAUAAAACGAAUGCUAAAGAAGUAGAAAUUUCUGGCAUGUUAAGGAUUAGGUGAAUGUUGAAUAUGUUAGAAAGUUAAUCGUUUCAGAAGAAAACGACUUUAUGCAGAAUCAUUUCCGCAUACAACUAAACUAUAUCAGGUUAUAUAUAGAAGGCCAUGGAAUAGAUUGGAAUAGAUUAACAAAUAUUAUAUGAUAAGAAAGAAGUAUGUAAAUGUAAGUUCUAGCAAGUUAAGACAGAGUAAUAUGUGAUUAUAAUUAUCAGGGCAUAUGGUUCGGUUUAGAAAAGCUUGAUUACAGAAUCAGCAUAUAGACGGAAUCAGAUUAAGUGAAAGGAAUACACAAAUAUAGGAAUGGACAAAUUUUAGGUAAUAAAAAAUAGCGAUGUGGAAGCCUAAAUUUCUGGAAUGUUAAGGCAGGAAACUGAGUGAAAGAAGGUUUAUUGUCAAAGCGCAGACGGAAAAAGGUAUUCACUUUAUAUCGGGAUAUGUGUUGACAUGUUUAAAUAGAACAUUGUCACGACUCCUUGAGUUACCCAUACAAUUACAGUCUAACAUGAUGUAUCGUAAAAUAUUACCACAUGUUUAACAGCCUGUACUAUAGUUAGAUUUAACUAUUAGCACAAUAACGUGGGAAAAGAGAAUAUCACUAUCAACAUAGAUUGCGUUAUUGUACUUAUAAUGGCGUUCUUCAAGUAUCAUGUAUAACAGCCUAAGCCAUAGCCAUUAGCCCCAGCCUUAGUAUACUAUGAUGAAACCGAAACACAACGAGCAGCGGAGUUCCUAGGCCCCUGUCAGAAUUUCGUACGAAAUGUUUUAACCAUAGAGGUGCAAUUUCGUGCGGAACAACAUGCACAUCUAAAUAUCCAGUGCACAGUCUGUGAGUGAGUUUACCGCCUGUAUUCAAAAAGCUCACUCACACUCAAUGAGUGGAGGUUCAAUCUGAGCUUCCCUUGAGUGUCAAUGCUGUUUUUGAAUAACUGGAGGGUGAAUAGUCACAUAGUAAGGUACGACACUAACCCUCCAGCUGUUCAAAAACAGCAUUGAUACUCAAGGGAAGCUCAAAUUGAACCAGCUAGUCCACUCACUUGAGUGUGAGUGAGCUUUUAGAAUACAGACGUUAGCUGUUAUCUCGUAAAUUCAUGUAUUUUAUGUACAUAUAGUUUAGUUCUUUCCUAUAUUUAUAUAUUUUAUAUUUGUUAAAUGCGAGGUAAAAUGCACGUCUCCAUGGAAGAGCAUAUAUUUGUAAUUGUGAAUGGACUUCGUGUGAUAAAGAUGUCCUAUCAUAUCUUAUCACAACUAUCUGAACAAUACAAGGAGAACUUCGACGUUUCGAGCGAAGGCACUUCGUCGUGAAAUUAUAGAAUAUAGUAGCGAAAGUUAGUAGGUUAAACCUACUCACUUUCCGAGAAGAGCCUUCCGAGGAAGAGCCUCCGAGCGUGGAAUUUCUGUUUAUAUUUUCAGCUAGUUUUAUCUCCUUCACUCAGAUCGGGCCCAAAGACGUUUACCACAGUAAAGGGCAAUCACUUCCCUUUUACCAUUGAUGGUAAAAUAUCUCCAACCAGGAGUUCAGUGUCGGUGCUAUUCAGCUAUUUAAUUAACUUUUAUGUCUACAUAUUUCCAUAUAGGUUCCCGGCUCGAAAAGGGCUUGUGUAUGUGGUCACGUGUUUACGGAAACGAAGAUGAUUGGUCGAAAGCGAUACUCUGGUAUGUGAGAUAGAUCUUCUCAGAAACAAAGAUAUCAGAUGAACGAUCUUUUCUUUGUCCCGUCCGUCAGAUUAUCCGUCUCCAGACGAGCUACGCAUAUAGUUAGUCUUGACUGUUGACAAAAUUAUCCAUCGGCUUGUUAACUGACUUAAGUCGAUAACUUAAAACAUAUCAAACGUAUUACUACGAAAAUCAAACUAGGAAACAUUGUUGCGGAAACAUUGUUUCCUGCCAAUGGUUCGCCAUAGUGUUUCCCAGAGUGGGCAAACACUAGGAAACAUUAGUGAGAAACAUAGGGAAACAUCAAAUGUUUCCGAAUUCGCAAGGAAACAUUUUUGCUUCUCGGGAAGCAAAUUUUGUUUCCGCAACAAUGUUUCCACGGGUGGGCAAACAGGGAAACAUUUGAAGAAACAUCAAGAAUCACCCAUGUUUCCACAACAAUGUUUCCUAGUUUGACAUAAUGACAUUGGUCAAGGACAUAUUGAGUAAAUUUUGGUUAAAUUUAGAUGGAAAUUGGAUGAAGUAAAUUGAAUACGUAAUUAGCCUAUUGUCAAAUGUGUGCAUGAUAAUUCGCUGGCGGAGAAUGCAAUCUUCGAGUAGCUUCUGUCAAUACUAAAAUAAUUUCCCCCGAAUUUCUUUGCUCCGGUUUCUCCAGACAGAUCUUCCGCCUUGCCUUUGGGACUAAAACAGUAAAAGCCGAUUUCCAUUCAGUGCAAAAUGUCGCGAGAUCAUGAACUUUUUGCUAAUUUGCGAUCACUUUCUAGUUUUGAAAUGCGUUCAGACAACCUCAUCCUUCGCGUUGAUUGUUUGUAUUUCAAAAAAAAGUGAUCGCAAAAUAUCUAUCGCGCGACAUUUUGCACUGAAUCGAAAUCCACUGACCUGAAGUCUGGCGAAUCUUGGUUUCUGUACGAAUAUCUGAGAAAGUUUCUGACAAACGUCCGCGUCUUAACUUUAAGGUUAUCGCGCACUGCUGUGUUCCAGAAAUGAUCCACAAAGAAAAACAUUAAAAAGAAAAAAUACAUCACCGCGUAUGAUGCUGCAAGACAACAAGAAGGUACAUUUGAAGUAAACAUGAGUUUAUUUAUACUAGAUGGCUCUAGAAGUUCUUAACUGUUCUACGCAGUAAGUCUGGAACAAGUUGUUAUCAUUUGGUUCAACAAGGUUGAUGACGCUAGCAUCCUUGCUAUACAAGUUGUUCCAAUAAGAACAAUACAGGCUAUUCGUAACAAGUUGCUUGUUGUCAUCAAUUUGUUCCGACAACUUGUUGCGAGUCUGUUGGCCUAAUCAACCUUGUUACAAGAUGAUAACAACUUGUUCCAGGCUUGUCAACAACUUGGAACAAUCGAACAAAAGCAGUACGAGCACAUCUUUCAUGAUUUUGAAAAAAUUAUUAUACUAUGCAAAUUUCAUGAUUAUUUUUUAUCCAGCGUCUUUCUGGAAGUCCAAAGACAAAACAAAGACCAGGGAAAGAAAUGUCAGCGUAUAGCGAGGGAAGCACGGCAAAGCAGACACAGAGUGGCCAGAAAACGAAACCCAGUCACCGCUACAUAGACUUCAAUUCUCCCGAGUUGAUUGAGAAACUUCACGAUGCUCUGAGUGACAUAAAUAAGAAGAUAGCGAAGCAGAGCUUACUGUGGAUGGUUUUAAAAUCCUCCAAAUGUUAACUUUGGUACCUCUGUUGAUGCUUGGACUGCCCAAGGCUGUUCUACUGUACAGUACAGUAUAUAUGUAAUAUGUAUAAGGGAGAUUUCGAGGGAGAUUGGGAGCCUUCUUCACGGAUAUGGGAUGACAAAGUACAGGUCGUUUUUGUAUAGAUAAAUCGAGUUAGCCUUCAAUGAUUAAGGGACUACAUCGAAGAUAAUUAUUCAGGUCUGCACGUCCCAAAGUCUCGCAAAUAGUCAGUGGAUAAUUGUAUAUGAAUAUAUUUAUUUUAAUAUAAUAUUAUAUAACAGGAAAAUGAUAUAAAAGUUAGCAUUAUAGCAAAUUGUAUAAAGAUGUAAUUAAUGAUAUAGCUCAUGUAUACAUGCACAAUUGUUGUGAGAAAAUGGAAUAUCAAUAAAGAGUGUGAAGUGCAGAAAAC